AAGACAGACAUCCAUUUCCUUCAACUAAUCAUCUCUCUACUUUCUUUAAUUUCUUCAUUUUUUUCCAUCGGAUCAUGGCUGGGGGAGGGCAUUAUAAGGGGAGUAGUGGUGGCAAUGGCGGUGGCAGAGGGAGGCCGUCUGCGGUGAUACUGCUACUGGCGUUUGGGGCGGCGCUGGUGGGGGUGAUGGUGGUGCACAAGCUCAGGGAGAGGCGCAUCUUCAAUCUCCUAGUCCAAGAGAAGGACCGUGACCUCCUCUCCCUUCAGCUUCUCUUUCAGAAGGAAAGAGAACACAACAGUGAAAUGAAGAGGAAGGCUGAAGAGAUGAAAGCAAAGAUGUACUCACUACGGACCCAGAAAAUGGAGCUUGAUCGGAGGCUCUUGGAGAUGCAAUCUACCAUUGAUUCUCUAAAAGAUGAACAGAAGAUGAUGGAAUCGACAUUGGAGGAGAAACAGAACGAGAUCAGAAUGUUAAGAGAGGAAACUACAGAUUCAGGACAUGAGAAUCUUCAGGUGAUGACUUUCAUGGAAAGUUUGAAGCAAAAAGAGUCUGAAAUAGAGGAUUUGAAGCACCGGCUUGAACUCCCAGCUAGGGUUUGGUCUGUAAGUACUGAUGAUCCAUCAAAGCCACUGGUAAAUUUGACAUCUACAAGAAGUUUAAAUCAGAAGGAAGACACCAGAGAUUACGCGAGAGGAAGGGAGGGAAACCAAGAGCAUGAAUCCACUAGUUCCACAGAUGGCUUAAAUACAAUGAAAGGUGAAGAUGCAAAAGAGAGUAAAUCUACUGAUUUUAGGGAGAAAGAGAGUGAAGAAAGGGCUGCAGAUGGGGCUGAGGGAAAGAUUGGAACUACGGCCGCAAUUUAUAUAACUGGAAGGGACACGCAGAAGCCAGAAAUUUUGCAAGAAGAUUCUAGAAAUGGCAGUGUCAGUGGGGAAGUAAACAAAGAAGCUUCUCAAUAUACAGUUACUUCAGGCUCCCAAGGUGCAGAAGAGAUAAGUUCAGACGUCUCUAAGGUAAUAAUCAACAGAGGUAGGCAAGAACAACAAACCAUUUUGACAAGAGAGCCGAGAAAACUCGAGGAUCUCCAAGGAGAUCAAAAUAAGGAACUUCAAGCAACCACCGAGGGGGUAAUGAAGUUGGAAAUUCAGGAUGACUUAAGAAGUGGAACAGGUUCAAGGUCAAAGGGGAAACACGGCCAUUUAAGCAGAUCAAAGGGGAAGAAAUGGAGAAUGCUCACCAGAAAUAGGUUGUUAGAGAAGAAUUUAAACUCUGAAAUUGAUGGAGUAGUGAGAAGGAGAAGAGAUAGAGCAAGAAGCAGGGAAGAGGGAAAAACUUCUAGCGAGGGAAAGAUAGAAGGAGAGGAAGGGGAAAGAGAUGAAAAUACCUCACUUGUGAAGAACGAAAUGGAUUCUGCAGAUGACAAGUUGCUCAAGGGUGUUGCCAAGGAGAAUGCUGUAGAAGUAAAAAUUGCCAGCAACGAUGAAAUGCAAGAAAAAAAUAAAGUUGCUGAUAAAGAAGAGAUAGAUGCCGCUAAUGCAGAUUCAACCACGGACAUGGAAGACAAUAAGGACGAGUACAAGGACGAAAGGGAGGAGUCUGAAUUUUAAUGGAUCAACAAAAUGUCAAGUCAUUC